GGGGGGGGUUUUGCGUGAGAACUUUGUUGUGAUGUUGAAGUUAAGGUUUGGUGGGGGGAGGGGGGAAAUAGUCCGUGUCGGUACUAGUAAGGCGGGGGGAGCGAAUAUGGAUCGGACAGUUACUGGAGCUAGGACGAGUCAGAAGUCGACUUGUGGGGAAGAAACCAGAGUCGUAAUCGUGAAAGAGAUUCGGUCAACCCAUCGGCUAAUAAUGGAUUGUCAUGUGAGAUAGAGACUGUGGAACUUUGCAUGCGAGGGAAAGGAAAGGAAGGAAAGACAGGUGAUGACGGGUUCGGACGCUCGCUAAUGAUCGAUGCAUGGGGAUAAUACCGUGACGCUUUUGGGCAUUAAUAUUAUUGAUUGCAGGUGGCUUGAAAGUGGAACCGAAUCUUUCAAUGGCGACCGAUCAGAUCAUGCGAUGCAGAAAACGGAUCCUAGGUCAUUUGAGAAUGUCAUGAGUAGUGAGGCCAUAAAAGUGAGUGUGUGGGUAUCUUGCCAGGCCAGAUCGUGCAAGUGGAAAUUACAUAUAUCAGUAUAUGCACACAUUCUUGGAUGUUUGUUGCAUGUGGUACAGUGCAGUCCCGCGCCGUAUGUGAUAGGGCUAGAUAGGGAUGGAUUUCCAGUUUGCACUCUCACAG